AUGGUCCAACCUGCUGGGAAAAUCCCUUCUUGUUUCCCCGUUCCUUUUCCGAGUCUCCUCCUCCUCCUCCUCCUCCUCCUACUUCCGCCACUAACCAUCGCCAAAUUCAUGAAUGGACCUUCAUCGGUCGGUGUUCCCACCAUAUGGAUGCUCAGUAACCUUUACGACUUCAAUACAACCAAAAUCUAUACCUCCUCCGGAAAUUAUGUUGGUGUUCGUUUCAAGGUUGUGCUUUCCAGGCUAAACACAGGACCAAGUUUCUUAUGUGGCUUCAUGGACUCUGGUGGUGGAAGCUGGUCUUUUCACCUGCUUGUUUUCCAACCGACACAGGACAUGAAAAACAUCAUACCAUCGUCAGUUUGGUCGAUUCCUCACGAACCCAUGAACGACACUUCGCAAAUGCGACUCACCAAGGAGGGCGAUUUAGUUUUACUGGGUGACGAUGGAAAAAUUAUGUGGUCCACCAAUACCGCCGGCAAGUCAGUGGGAGGCUUAAACUUGACUGAAGUUGGAAAUCUCGUGCUCUACAACACAAAUGAUGCCAUCAUUUGGCAGUCUUUCGAUCACCCUGUAGACACAAUUCUUCCUGGACAGGAGCUACGUCCCGGCAUGAAACUAACCAGACCGUCGAGUGCGCCGGAUGGGACAGCACUUUUUUACACGUUCGCCACCGAUGAUCAGAUAGGCUUCCUCGCAUCUGUAAGGGCAGCCUAUUCUCCCCAAAUUUACUACGAAACGAGUAACGUGAGGGACAUGAAGAGCGACGAUGGGCAGGUUAGAGCACUUUACAAUAAUGGAACCUUCGGUGAGUUAAAAUUUUCCCCAAUAUCUUCAGCUCAGUUUAUCCGACUGGGGGACCAUGGGCAUUUGAAGCGUCAUGUUUAUGAUGAACACUCCAAAUUUUGGAACAAGGCGGCGGAUCUUCUUGAGGAUAAAUUAAAUAAAUGCGAUUAUCCACUUGCAUGUGGUAGUUAUGGCAUUUGUUCAAAUAAGUUGGGAAGAUCACCUACUUUGCUUUGUCGAACAACGAAAUUAGUGAGGACAUCUCAAACACAACUGCGGAGAGUUGCAAGAAAGAGUGUUUGA